AUUCUCCAGCCGUUGAUCAAUAAUGACCACCUCUUCAGGCCGUGAGCUCUAUACCACUGUCAUCUCUCCGACAUUAGAGCCUGGAACGACUUGGUUUGGUAAGGAUAAUGGUAAGCUGACCCGGAAGAUCACCAACUGUUUUACAAACAAGUUUGAUGGACCAUACUACAGUUGGAGAUGUGUGCCAACUGGAAGAAGAGAAAGAUACUUCAUUGAAUUCGCGAAACAACACACCUGGCAUCCCUCACUUACAGGUGUGGUUGAAGCUAAAUUUUAUAAGAUCAUUCAACUGUGUACAAAAGACAUGGUUAGUAAGGCAGCGACAAAAAGAGAGAAGCCGUAUUGGAUUGAGAAAACUAUGUGGAAAGAGAUGUGUCAGUAUUGGGACACUGAAGAAGCAAUAGCCAAGAGUUCAACCACAUCAGCAGCUAGGAUGUCUGACCGUAAUGGUCUUGGUCCUCACAAGCAUGUUUCUGGUCCAAAGUCUUUCUUACAAGAAGUUGAAUUGGGAAGACCUCCUACUAUUGGUGAACUUUUCAUCAUGACUCAUACCAAAAAGGAUGGGACUUUUGUGGAUAGGAAGGCGCAGGAAAUCCAUGAGGCAUAUCUCAAAAACAAGGCAACUAAGUUGGCUGCCCUUCAUGAGAAUGAUGAACUAUCUGAUGGUACUUUGUGUCGGUCUGAGCUAUCUCAAGAGGAGGAUGAUGAGAUCUUCCUUCAGUCAACUGUCACAAAUGAUAGAGGGGAAUACUUUGGAGUUAGAAGCUUAGGAGUUUACAUCAACAAGAAGCGUAAGAACCCAGGAUGCAGUUUUUCUUUCACAACCCUGCUAUCGCAGCUUGAGGAUGCUAACCGCAAGAUAGAGGAACAAGCAGCUCUACAAGCAGAACGUGAAGCAGAGGCAUUGUGGGUCGCAGCUUCACAAGCAGCUGAGAUCAAGCACUUGACGAUGGUGAAGAAGUACUUGAGUGAAAGUGACCCUAAUUUUCUGGCCUUUCUCAAGUCUCAAUCAACUCCUGCAGAUGAUCAUUCAGAGGUCCAAGCUUCUACUCCUGCUGCUAAUCCUGAUGGUACUACUCCUGCUACUAUUGUCCCUUAGAUUUCUCUCCUCUUAACUUAGAACUUGAACUUGAUAUUUGGUUUGGUAUGUUGGUACAAGUACUUGAACAAGUAAUCUUUGUAUAUUUAUUAUGUUUUGUUUGGAUUGAACAAGUAAUAUUGUAUGUUUAUUAUGUUUUCUGUUUUAAUUCAAAGGUUCUUUUUUUAUGUUUGGUUUUGAUUAUAAAUUCGUAAUUGGAAU